CAACUAUCCAGCUCAAGCUGCUCUAUUCAAUAAGGUCGAAUAUAUUGGAACUAGCAUAAAUUAAACAAAAUAUAUACUGUAUAUGAUGACAGACACAGUCAACAGAUGGGGAAGGAAUCCAGCAGAUUAGUGCUUGGUGCAACUUCAGUAGUAUUAUUGCUUGUUAUCUUCUUGCUUUAUGCUGCAUAUUUCACAUCCGAUGUUAACCCAUUUGAUUCAUGGAAGGACCAUCUAUCAAAUUGGAAUGGUAGUCCCUACAGAAGAAAGGUUGAUAAAGGCGUAGAACUUGUUGAACCUCUAGAAUUUACUAUGAGAAGAUUAGUGAGAGGUGAAGAUCGAGUUCAGCUUGAAACUACUGGUUUUUCUUGCCACUCUGACCUUCACUCAGAAGUAUGUGUCGCAAAAAAACCAGUUAUAAUUGACAACAAUGCAUUAACUGCUUACCUACAAUCCUCUCAAGUCCAAGUUAAUCACACGGUUAGACCAUAUGCUAGGAAAGAGGAUGAGACGGCUAUGGUACAAGUCUCAGCUGUGCAAAUACUUCAUGGAAAUGCUAGCUUACCUGCUUGUCAAUUCACUCAUGAUGUCCCAGCUGUUGUGUUCUCCUCCGGUGGCUUCACAGGCAACCUAUUUCAUGAGUUUAAUGAGCUCAUCAUCCCCUUAUUCAUCACAUGUUACCACUUUAAAUCCCACCUACAAUUUGUCAUCACUGAUUUUAAGCCUUGGUGGGUCAGAAAAUACAAUCAGAUUCUAACCCACUUGUCAAAAUUUGAGGUGAUAAAUGCAGCAAAAGAUGGAGGCGUUCACUGCUUUCCUGGAGCAGUUAUAGGGUUAAAGUACCAUGACAAUCUAGCCUUAAAUCCUACAGAAAUUCCUGGAGGGUAUUCCAUGUUUGACUUCAAGCAUUUCCUAAGAGAAACAUAUAACCUGAAGAUAAAGAAUGUUUCUGAUAUAGAAAAGCCAAAGCUACUUCUCAUAUCUCGUCCUAAAACAAGAAUGUUUAUGAAUGAAGAUGAAAUGGUGGAUAUGAUGGAGGAACUUGGUUUUGAAGUUGUUGUGGCAACACCUAAUAGGAUGUCAAACUUGGACAAGUUUGCAGAGGUAAUCAACUCGUGUGGUAUCAUGGUUGGAGGCUUGGAGCACAUGGUGCUGGAGUUACAAAUACUGUGUUCUUGCCUGCUGGGGCAGUAA